AACUUCUAACUUUUCUAUUGAGCAUUUGUUGUGAAAUAUAAAAUAUAUAUUAAUAAAAAUAUUUAAACUUUAUUUGAUCAAUUAGAAACAUUAAUAUCUAAUUAUUAUUGAUUUAAUUAUUGUUUAUUUGUUGAUAAAUAUAUUUAUCAAUUUAUAAAUAUAAAUAUUUAAGUAAAUAAGUUGACUUAAGUACAGUAGAAGCAACCAUGCAAUCUAUCACUGAUCCCGUUACGAAAGCAGUAGUUGAUAAUAUUAUGGGCAAUUUGCCGACUAAGAAACCAUUAGUGAGAUGUCAUGAUUGCGAUUUAUGUUUCACCAGCGAAACUGUCUUGGAUGCUCAUUUACAAGGAGCUAGACAUGCUAAACAGAUACGGUCGAAAGUGAUAAUGGAAAAUUUGGGAGGAACUAAAAUUGGACUUUCAAAAGAUCAAGAAGCCAGUGGGUUAAAGUGUAAUGUAUGUAAUGUUAGUCUCAAUUCAAUACAGCAGCUUCAAACUCAUCUUAAUGGAAACAGGCAUAAAAAGAAAGCAGAGAAAGGUGGAUGGACCGGAAACGAGACGGUAAAAGCUGUUCAGCCGCAACCAAAAACUCCAGCUCCAGCAGACUCGACAACUCCAGCUGCUACCAAAAAGAAGGGGGAAAUACUUACAUGCGAGCAGUGUAAUAAAUUUUUCAAUUCCAAACAGCAAUACGAUGUGCAUAUUACGUCGAAGAAACACUUGCAUAAAGUGUACAAACCUAUUUUGAAAACUACCAACAAGAAAAAACGCUACGUACCGUAUGGAAAUAAACAGCAACAACAAUAUCAACAACCGCAACAUCAACAGCAGCAACAUCAUCAUCAACAACAUCAUCAACAUCAGCAACAUCAGUACCAACCGCAAAGAAAUAUGCAGCCAUACGAUACAGCGUCCUAUGUCAUACCUUCACUCGCCAAUAAUUUUAUUUCUGGUGGUUACGCCAAUAAUUAUUAGACAAUAUUUUAUUUUAAAAAUAAAAUAAGCAAUUUUUUUUUUCUUUAUCUUUUAUUACUAUUAAUGACUUACUUAAAGUACAGCCAUUAGCUAUAACUAAUUUUUUAUUAUGCUCUUCAAAUGAAUUCAAGUGCAAAUAAUGACUCAAAUUUUAAUUAAAAUUAUAAAUAUGCUAUUUAAUUGUUGAAUUAAAAAAAAUUAGUGUGAGGUAAAAAUCAAUUUGCAGUAUUGUGUGACAGUAAUUAUUAUAUCCGUCUGAGUAAUAAACGUA